GGGGGUCGGUAAACAUUACCUUUCGGCGCAUGCGCAGUGCCCUUCCAGACAGAUAUUUCUUCUUCACGUGGAUCGCAGGAGUGAAGUGGCCCAGUGUGACUGUCUUAUGCUGAUCUGCCGGACGCGCUAUUUCAUAAAGAUCAGCUAAAAUGGCUUUCCGGAAAUUUCUUCCCAUGUUCGACCGUGUGUUGGUAGAGCGGCUAGCUGCAGAGACUGUGACAAAAGGAGGCAUCAUGAUUCCAGAGAAGUCUCAAGCCAAAGUGCUGCAGGCUACAGUGUUAGCAGUGGGUCCUGGAUCCACCAACAAGGAUGGGAAAGUAACACCUGUCUGUGUCAAUGUUGGGGAUAAAGUUCUGCUGCCGGAGUAUGGAGGAACUAAAGUUAUUCUUGAUGAUAAGGUUAGAACAUUUUGCCAUGAUUAGAUCAAAUGAUCGAUU